CAAGAUAUUAGCUUGAUAUCUCGCCAAAAUUUUGGUAUAAAAUCCUACCUGAACUACUGAAAAUCCUCAGUUGAAUCAUUCAUUCAAAUCUUUUCAGUACCGUAGAUUUCGUAUCUUCAACUCAAAACAAUGAAAUUUUUUGUGAUAUUAACAACUGUUAUUGCAGCAGUAUUUGCAGCCGGAGAAAACAAACCUGUAGCUUUCAAUGGCCUUAAUCCAUGGAACUUAGGUUACACUGGAUAUCCAGGACACCAUGGUUACUACCCAGGACACGCUGGACACCCAGGGUAUACUGGAUACCCAGGAUACCGUAGUUACUACCCAGGAUACUCUGGAUACCCAGGAUACUCUGGAUACCCAGGACAUUCUGGAUACCCAGGGUACUCUGGAUACCCAGGAUAUCAAGGAUUCUACUCAGGAUACCCAGGUUACAACCGAGGUUAUUACCCAGGACCAACUCCAGUUGCUCCAGUUACAGGUAGACAACCAGCUAUUCUUAGUCAGUCCCAAGAAGCUAACCUAGAUGGUUCCUUCAGAUAUGGAUUCCAAACUGAAAACGGUAUUGUAAACCAAGCUCAAGGCUACGUGAAAAACGCUGGAACUGAAGCCGAAUCUCAAGUAAUUGAAGGUUCAUAUGCUUACACUUCUAAUGAUGGUACUCCAGUAGAAGUAAAAUACUACGCCGAUGACACAGGAUUUCAUGCAUCCGGAAAUGUUGUUCCAAGCAACCCAGCUGAAAUCUCUAAAUCUUUAGAAUUCAACGUAGUUAACCCACAAACCAACAAGAAGAAGUAAAUCAAAGUGAAUAAAUGAUAUUUGACUCUCUAACCAUAUAUACCAUUAGUUAAUAGAUCUGUUUGUAUAAUAUUAUGUAUAAAUAUGCUGUAUGAAAAAAUACAAUGAUACUUUUAUAAAUUGUCAUUUGUAAAUCUUUAAUGUGAAAAAAUAAUUUAACUAAUAUCUGAAAUAAAUAGUUUUUUCUUUGUUCUUUA